GGCGAUCAGGUCACAGUAUGUAAAGAUGGCGGACGAAAAUGAAGAUCAGUGGUUAUACGGUGAUUCCAUUGACGAUAAACCCGAUUUUCCUGGUGAUCCGGAUGUACAAAAUGACCAGGAAGAAAGUGCAGAGCCCAAUACUGGAGAACAACCAGUGCAGGAGGGUGAUGAAGCUGAAAAUAUUCCAGAGGAGGUCACCGGGGAACCAGAGCUUCAGCCCGAAGAGCCCGAAGUCCCCGUCAAAGAAACCCCCGACGCGGAGCAAAUGUCCCCGAAGACUGCCGAGAACGGGACAAAAGAUCCCGAUGAGGAGCCCAGUGAUUCCGACUCGGAUGACGACGUUCACGUGGUGAUCGGCGACAUAAAAUCCACCCCAGCAGCUUACAAUAGUCUAAACUUGAAACGAGGAAAUCUGAUGACCUCCACAGGUGCCGAUAACCUGAAAAAACAGUCAGGAAAAUUCAGUAUUGACGAUUUUGAGACGAUUGGUGUGAUAAAUGGUACACAAGCACAUGAAUUCAACCUGGAUCAGUUGGAGGAUAAGCCCUGGCGGCAACCAGGUGCCGACAUAACAGAUUACUUCAAUUACGGCUUCAACGAGGAGACUUGGAGAGCUUACUGUGAACGCCAGAAGCGAAUGAGAAGUGAAUCAGGAGUGGGAUUGAUUUUGAAUGCUGGUGGAGGCAUUGGAAGUGGGGUUCCAAAUAGUGCGAGAGUUCCCCAGGUAGCACCAAUCGCAAAUGACAAUAGUAAACACUCGUCAAUAAUGGGACCAAAACGAGCUGGACCACCUCCAGGACGAAAAAUGGGAGGAACUAUUGAUGUAAUUGGUAGCUCUGGACUUGCCUCCAGAAGAAAUCUGGAUAAGUCACCUCCUAAGGAGAAUGUAAUUCAAGUUAUGACGGCUGACAGGAGGGAAUACUCGAGAAAGCCUGGAUUCCCGGAUAUGAGUGUGCCUCCUCCAGCUCCCGGAAUGCCACCCACUUUUGAUAUGCCUCCUCCAGGAUAUGCUCCAGAACCUCCGCCAUUUUAUAUGCCUGAACCCGAUCCUUAUUAUCAGAGCUAUGAACCUACACAGGACAGUCAGUGGGGGAGUGAUCCUACCUGGCAGCCGACAAAUCUAGCAAUACCUCUAACUGAACACGACGAUAAGGAUACAAGUCCAAAGACAAUUCCCACAAUGGUGCCACCAUUGCCAAUUCCUCCUCUAAUAGUACCAUCUGGUCGUGAACAGCGAGCUGAUCCGCGGGGAAUGGUAGACAGAGAACGCAGGGACAUGGGGGACAGAGAUGGGGAGUCUACGGUGAGGGAAAGGGAUCGGGAGCGUGUGGAACGAGACAAGGAUUCUGCUAUGCGGGACAGAGAUCGAGAUUCCGUUUCCAAGGAUGAUGACAAGGAUCGCGAUAGAUCGAGAUCCCAGUAUCGACAUAAAGAAAGGCAUAGACAUCGAUCGAGAUCUCGUUCACGUCGCCACAAAUCCCGAUCGAGAAGCCCCACUCGUCGUAAAAAGAAAUCCAGACGUUCAGAUCGUGAACGUUCUAAGGAGGACAGUGAAUGAGUUAUUUCUAUUGUAUAAAUUCCCUCAAAGUAAUUCCAUGUUUGUACAAAUUCAAAAAGGUCAAGUACGAUUCAACUGAACAAGAAAAACAUGAGCAUUAAACGGCGCAUCGAGAUUUAAAAUAGAAAUAAAGGACAAAGCACUAUUUUUCAGUGCAUGAAGUGUACAUUCGAGAUUUUUUUUAGAGAACUCACCUCGAUUGAAUCGGAAUGUUACGUAAUAAAAUGUGAUGGCUAAGAUGACUACAA